CGGCCCCCCGCUGCCUACGCGAGGCUCGGAACAUCGACCGUCCCUCCCCAGCGCCCGGCUCGAGUCUCCCAGAGGCCUCCCCAAGCUCCUCCCCGAUCCCUUCCAGGGACCAGGAAGGAGACGGGCACUCGCCUGGUAUCCCUCCGCCGGGGUCACUCCCUCCCCUCCGUGAUAGCAGGAACUAAUUCCCCCUCGGGUCACCCGGGAGCCUGGAUGUGGAAAUUUCAAGGACCCGGGCUCCUCACGACCCUUGAGGAGGGGACGGUCACCCCGAGCGAGGAACCAUCUGCCAUCUGAAAAGCGGGGAUUCGGUUUGAUAACUAAGGUUUGGGGGGCUCCCCCCCUCCCACCCUGACCCCCACCAAGCCCCGCCCCUUCCUGGUUGUCUUAGCGACGGCGGUGGCGUCCCAAGAUGGCGUCCUGGCUGCCGGAGACUCUGUUCGAAAUUGUAGGACAAGGCCAAGCUCCGAGCAAAGACUACUACCAGUUGUUGGUCACCCGCUCUCAGUUAAUCUUUAGAUGGUGGAAGAUCUCUCUAAGGAGUGAGUUUCGGUCAGCCAAACCUGGAGAAACAAAAGAAACCCAUGAAGACUUUCUAGAGAAUUCCCAUCUUCAAGUCCAAAUCGCCUUAAUAUUUGGUGGAAGAAUAUUGGACUAUGUCUCCAAUUUGUGUGGAGGUAAAUUCGACUUCCUUGAGCGGCUCUCAGACAAAUUGCUCCUGAGUAUCAUUUCUUACCUGGACCUGGAAGAUGUUGGCAGGCUCUCUCAGACAUCACACAGGUUUGCAAAGCUGUGCAUGUCGGACAAGCUAUGGGAGCAGAUAGUCCACUCGGCCUGUGACUCCAUCACGCCUGACAUGAGAGCCCUGGCCAAGGCCAAGGGCUGGAGACACAUAUUCCUCACCAACAAGCUCCAGCUCCAGCCGCAGCUCGGCACAAAGAAACAGAGACGGGGAGGCCAGAGGGAGAAACACCACUAGGGACACUUCUUCCUCCAGGCAGGGACUUGCACUGAUGCCAGGAGUCCUUCACACAGCACUGAAGAUUUGCACGCAAGCAGCAGAACCUGGCUGCUCCGGGCCAUGCUUGAACCACAAGAAUGUUCUACUAGGUAAAAAAACAAGCAAUAAAGGAUUCUAGCAGA